GUAUCCGUUUUUGCAUAUCCCUUCUUUUACGAUGCCAACCAGAAGUAUCACCCGGCUUCCUAUGGGCUUGCCUGCUUGUAUUCAAGCCACGUUCCAGUGACCUUGUGUGACUUUGCUUCUACUUCCUUUCCAACACUAUUAUACUUGAUUAAUCUGGUGUCUUCCAAAUUCCCAAAGGGCCAUUGAGUGAUGCGUUUCUCUCCCCCUAGCGUUAGCCAUGCUCCAUUUAAUACUCGAGACUACGGAGUACUAUUACACAACAUGUGUCCCUGGCCAAUUCUCUUCCCUUAUUCCAAUUUCUUUCCUUCAUCUUUUCUUUUUCACUCUUCUCAACCCAACUUCAUUCAACUUUUGCACCUUGCUCUUCACCCUCUUCUCCGUUGACUUCUUUCUAUUACCUUAUUUCCUAUGUUCUUAUCUCUCUUAUCGUGUGGCGUUAAUCGUCGAGGCUCUAGUCGUUAUUGACUCCUCCGGGAAUGGUUUCAUGAAAUCGAGAAAGAUACUCACGUUCUUCUCUGUUGUUCUACUUGACUUCUCUUACUCUUACUGCGUAUCUGUUAAAUCGAACUGCUUCUUUGCGUUCUGUGCCUUAUUCUUCUACGUCUUCCAUUGCAGUUCUUCCCCCUUUCCCCUUCAUAUCUCUGCUCUUUCUUUCAAACCAGUCUGAAGACAUGGUCUUUGAUAUCAGUAUGGGAACCGGGGCAAAAGCAACUCUGGAGUAGUUUCAAUGCCAUCCAGCCAGCUGUCUUCUUUCAUACAUAUACAGCUCUGUCUAUCCCCUACGACGUCGAAUUAUAACUAACAGCUCAAUUCAUUACCUACA